GAACAUUUCCUACGCUUAUUUUACACGUUACAAAUUUACAAUCGCCUGAAGCCAUUUGAAUUCGAUCUUGACCUGUAUAAGUCUCUCUCGCAUAUUCUUCGGAUAUAACAAAAAAGAAGACUCCAUUCAAAUCGACCGUUUCUCUCUUUUUGCUGCUGUUCGAGCUCCACUAGUAGAUCAGGCUUGGAUUGUUCUUCUUCAUCAUUUACCUCUACUUACUCCUGAGUUCAUCUGCAAGCGUGUUUAUACUUGAGCACGAUUUUGUUGAAUCUUCCAAAGAGAGGCCAGGGUAUGCUGCAAGAUGUGUAUGAAGGUUCAGAAGCCUUCUUCUGAAGUCCACUGUGAUUCUGCCUCUCUACAACUCACCAUCUUCCUUCUUGAUGAGACUGGCUACAUCAUGUCCACCUUACUAUAUCCACGUGGCACAACCUGAGGUUACAUUACAGAUUAACAAGGUGCUUCUUUUGUGAGUGUGAUCCGUGUGAAGUUAGGGUAGUUUCUUUCAGUUUAUGUGAAUCAUAUGGAUAUUAAAGGGAGUAUUUUGAUGGAAAAAUAUGAGUUAGGGAGAUUACUUGGCCAAGGAACCUUUGCAAAGGUUUAUUAUGGGAGGAAUAUGAAAACAGGCCAAAGUGUGGCGAUUAAAGUAAUAGACAAGGAGAAGGUUUUAAGAGUUGGGCUUAUUAACCAAAUCAAGAGAGAGAUAUCUAUCAUGAGACAGGUGAGACACCCCAACAUUCUAGAGCUUUAUGAAGUCAUGGCAACCAAAACCAAAAUAUAUUUCGCCUUAGAAUAUGCCAAAGGGGGUGAGCUUUUUGACAAAGUAUCAAAAGGGAGAUUAAAGGAACAUAUCGCCCGUAGAUAUUUCCAGCAAUUGAUCACAGCCGUUGAUUUUUGUCAUAGUAGAGGAGUCUAUCAUCGAGACCUUAAACCUGAAAACUUACUUUUAGAUGAAAAUGACAAUUUGAAAGUUUCUGAUUUUGGGUUAAGUGCUCUUGCUGAAUCGAAGCGUCAAGAUGGGCUACUUCACACCACUUGUGGGACUCCUGCUUAUGUGGCACCUGAAGUGAUUAAUAGGAAAGGGUAUGAUGGGGAUAAAGUUGAUGUCUGGUCAUGUGGGGUGAUCUUGUAUGUUCUUUUAACUGGUUAUCUUCCUUUUCAUGAUUCAAAUUUAAUGGAAAUGUAUAGAAAGAUAGGAAAAGCAGAGUUCAAAUGUCCAAAUUGGUUUCCACCGGAUGUAAGAAGGUUACUGACAAGAAUGUUGGAACCAAAUCCCAGUUAUAGAAUCACAAUCGCCAAAGUUAAGGAAAACCCAUGGUUUAAAAAGGGCAAUAUUGUCCGAAAACCAAAUAAGGAGUCGGUUCUUUCUGCAAGUUCAGAUGGUGCUUCUGCUUCAUGUUCCUCUGAAGAGAAACAGGAAGUGAUGAGGCUUCAGAAUUUGAACGCAUUUGACAUAAUUGCCCUCUCUCCAGGGUUUGACCUGACAGCAUUGUUUGAAGAGCCUCGACAAAAGAAAGAAGCAAGAUUCACUUCAUGGCGACCUGCGUCUGUUAUUAUAUCUAAACUUGAAGAAAUUGCUAAACUUUUGAAGAUGAAGAUUAGUAAAAGAGAAGCAGGGUUGUUGAAGCUGGAGGCGAUGACGGAGGGUAGAAAAGGAAUUUUGUCAAUUGAUGCUGAGAUAUUCGAGCUCACUCACUCUUUUCAUAUGGUUGAGGUGAAGAAAUGUAACGGAGAUACACUGGAAUAUCACAAGGUGGUAAAUGAGGGUUUAAGACCUGGGCUACAAGAUAUAGUUUGGACGUGGCAGCCGGAGGAACAACCACCACCACAACCACCUGAGCAACCACAACAACCGGAGAAAGUAGGGCCACUGCCACCACAGCAGGAUCAGUUGCCCUGAGCUACUAGGUACCUAAUAUUUGUACAUUUUAAUAUAUUUCUUUCCUUUUAGCUGGUGUGAGAUUGUAUUAUAGGGUUUCUUUCUUUGUUAAACAAUGAAAUUUGGUUGUGAUUUUGUCAUAAGAUUUAUAUGUUAUAUAUACAUGAUAUUCACCUGUAAA